CUCCUAUCACGUGGAAGAAGAGCCUCUAAACCUCGAUUCUUUGACGUUCGUGUCAAAUGGAAGAACUAGACCUGCCUAUCUACGGUUCUUCAACCUACUUUGCAUUUAGCAAUUUAGCAUUUUCUAACUCAUAAUUAACUAGGGAAAAAACAAAAAAAAAAACUCGUCUCACCUUUGCGAAAUUUGGGAGAAAAAAAAAACACUCACAGUUUCUCUGUCUCUCUUGUCUCACGCUUCUCGGAACGGCUGCACGCCGGCGUUUUGGGCGGCAAUUAGCUGCGCCACAAAUCACCCAAUCGAGCGAGUGUUAGAAGAAAUGACCCCGGUUUGCCCAUUUGUCAAAGUUGCUCGGCCUGAUGAUGCAUCUUCAAAACGAAAUGGUGAAAACCAAAAUAAGCAUGCAGCAGAACAUGAGAGUAAAUCUAAAAAUGAGAGUGUUGAUUCUGCCAUGAUUGAGCCCAAGUGCCCUCUUGGAUAUGAUUCUCAUUCGUUUAAAAUUGGCCCUCUUAGCUGUGUCCUUUGCCAAGCCCUUCUUUUUGAGAGCAGUAAAUGUGUGCCUUGCUCCCACAUAUUCUGCAAAGCAUGCAUUUCGCGAUUUAAGGACUGUCCAUUAUGUGGAGCUGAUAUUGAGAAGAUUGAAUCUGAUGAAGAAACUCAGAAGCUUGUUGAUAGGUUCAUUGAUGGUCAUGCCAGAAUCAAGAGGCCUCAUGUUAGUAAGGAUGCUGAGGAGACAGUUACUAAAAACAAACCUGUGAUAUAUGAAGAUGUCUCACUAGAGAGAGGUGCUUUUCUGUUUAAGCAAGCCAUGAGGGCAUUUCGUGCUCAGAAUGUCGAAAGUGCCAAAGCCAGGCUCUCUCUUUGUGCUGUUGAUAUCAGGGAAGAAUUAGAGGAAUCUAGUAACAAGCCAGAGUUGUGCUCACAACUUGGGGCUGUGCUGGGAGUGCUGGGAGAUUGUUGUCGUGCAAUGGGGGAUUCUGCAUCUGCUAUCACCUACUUUGAAGAAAGUGUCGAAUUUCUGUCACAAUCGCCUUCUGAGGAUAUGGAGAUUAUACAUACUCUCUCCGUUUCACUGAAUAAAAUUGGAGAUCUAAAGUACUAUGACGGAGAUCUGCAAGCUUCAAGAACUUAUUAUUUUCGAUCUUUGGACGUUCGUCGUAAUGCCUUGAAAAAUCAUUGUGAUUCUGCGUCCCUGACUUUAGAUGUAGCUGUUUCUUUAGCAAAAGUGGCUGAUGUUGAUAGAGGGCUCAGUAAUGAGGAGGGAGCUAGUGCUGGUUUUCGUGAAGCUAUAAAUUUGUUGGAAUCCUUGAAGAUAGACUCUAGUGAAGUAGCCCUCGAACAACGACGCCAAUCAGUGUUGGAGUUCCUCAAUGGCCAAAUUGCUGAAAAACAACCUGAUCAAACCAAUUAAAGAUCAGCAAUUCUGGACGGAAAUUGUGAAAGAAGACCUCUGUAUGAAUCUACUUGGACAAGUAUUUGUGUAAUAUAAGCUUGUGUUUGUCGAGGUGAUGAAGAACCUGAAGCUGAUUGGAAUUCGGAGUUUCCUUUAGGAGAAGCAUUUGAAAGCUCGGAAACUUGAAGAUUUUAUGCCAACCUACUACACUAACAUGUCAACAGAAAAUGGAACCAACCCUCUAUGUGCUAUUGGUUCUCGGUAUGUUCUUUGCAUCACUGUGUCUGUACUCAUGUAAACCCACUUUCCAUGUCCAUAAGAUGAUGACGAUAUGCUUUUUUCACCCCGCUUUGUACUAUCGUACCUGGGAAAAAAGUUAUUUUUCUCUGAAUUAUCAUAAUCAUAGUAAAGAACCGCGUUGGUGUACUUGUGACCUUAAUGUUGUAUAAUAUAUCUCCAGCUGUGAAAUAGUUUGCAUCCUGUGUUUGCUCAA